GAAAUGUCAAAUCGCCAUAUUUUGUAACAGAGAAUUUAGUUUACAAAAAAGGCCAGCUAUCCAAAAAUUUACUCGACAUACGCUUAAAACUUACGUAUUUGGCAUAAAACCUUAUCAUCACAACCUGCAUUGAGGUGUUUUUAUCAAGAGGAUUGGAAUCGUAUUAGAUUUCACGUGAUUUCAUAUCGAGUGCAAAACCAUGAGUGACUCAGUAGACCAGAAUGAUCCACCCAAGGAUCCGAAAGAAUUGGAGAAGCUAGAAGAAGCUAAACUCAAAGCUAAGUUUCCAAAUGCAAUGCUGGGCCGAGGACCCAGUGGACACUCAGCCUUUUUGCAGAAGAGGUUAGCCAAAGGACAAAAGUUCUUUGACUCCGGUGACUAUCAGAUGGCAAAACAGAGACCGGGUAAUCUUGCAGCACCCUUCAAAGCUCCUGCAGCACCAGCCAAACUGCCCACAGGAGAUGCCAUCCCCACACCAGAAACAGUGCCUUUACGGAAGACAUCCAUCAUCCAACCUAAGUACCAGCCAUCUAGCCAGACCUCCUAGCCGAGCCGUUGCAUGUGGGCAGCCUGCCAUGAGGCAAUGUAAAACAACAUACUGUGGAUCUGAGUUCUUGGGUUAUGCAUUCCAGUUCCACUUUUUUUGUUAUGCUAAAUAUUAAUUCAGGCUGUUUUCGAGGCCACAUUUUCAUUUGCUUAAUAGGCACCGCUCAUUUGCUUAUUUCUGUUUGUAAUUCACUAAUUUCUAAUUGUCAUAUCAUUUCAAGUCUGCGAAAUUUACUAAAUGUGUUGAAAUUAUAAAAUAUUUUGUAAGAAUAGGUGUUAAAAUGUGAAUAAUAUUGGGUAAAUAAUGUUAGAAAUGUGAUUGAGCCUUGUGGUAGCGCACUUAGGUUCCAUAAAUGUGUAUUUCUAUUUUUAAUAUUU